AUGGCUUUCAGCUUUACUUACUUUUCAGUAAAUCAAACUGUGAGGAUUUCCACCUCAGCGCUUGCAAGUGGUGACGGUACGAUCCGUCAGCGGCCGAGGGGCGCAUUUCUAAGCGCGGAACCCGCGCUGCCCCGCUCCAGCCCCGGGCUCAGCCCCGCCCGGUCCCGCAGUGCCACCAGCCCCGGCCCCGCAGCACACGCGGUCUCCUCACGCCGCGCUAUAAAUAACUACCUCUCAGACCUCGCCUCAACACGCUUUUCACGAGCUCAUUCCCGUGUUAAUGGAGAACUCGAAUUUAAAGGGCCAGAAAAGCAGCGUGUGAAUAGAGAGAGAGAGACAAGGAGAGAGAAGGGCCGGGGGCCGCUAACGGGCGCGGAGCGGCGGGAAGAGAGCGUCCGCCCGUACCUGCGGCGGGCCAGGCCGUGCCUCGCGCCCCGCGGCUGCCGCUCGCCGCCUCCUUCCGCAGCGGGCUCGGCGGUAAAAAUAGCAACAGGCGGCGGGGGCGGAGAGCGACGGAGCCCGGCCCGGCCCCCGCGAGGAGAGCAGCGGCGCGGUCCGGCCGCGUUGACAGGAGAGCUCCCGCGUCGCGCAGCUGAGGCGGUGGGCACCUCUGCCGGAACGUUCCUGCGGCGCUUCUCCGCGUGUGCGUGUAACCGCGCAGAAAACGCGUCGUCGUCGCGCUGCCGUGACAAGCGCAGUGCCCCGCUGCGAGGCCGGCCGGCCCGUCACAGCUCGGGGAGGGCUGGCAGCGGCUGCUCCUUCUCCUGCCACAGAGGUUCAGCAGUAUGUGGAUCCGGAGACUUAAUUACAGCCCUCUGCCAGCGGCCUCCCCAGAUGGCCAGGGGCUCCAUUCUGGUACUGCAAACCACUCUUGCACUCAAUUAAUUUCAAGGCUUCUUGGCAGUGAGA